AUGUUCGAGGUUCGUCGUGGAAGAGAAAGGGCAGCUGCCCGCGGAGCAUCUCCCCAAUCUCACCAUCUUAGCAACCACGUUGUUGGGCAACCGCCGAUUCUUGGGGCUCAGGUCAAGCAUAAUGCCAUGACAGAUAAACAGGGCGAGGUCGAAUAA